AUGGAUGAUUCUUCAGUUUCUUUGGAUUUAUUCCAAAAUCCAAAAAACGAAUCAUUGGAAAAAGUAGAGCUGAUAAUAAACGUCAAUGGAAUUCCAAAAAUUAUUCCAGCUUUGUCAAAACACUGGGUCGUCAAGAAAUAUUUUCUAAUCUAUGAAAUUCCAAACAUUUAUGACGAUAAUGGCAAGCAAGUACUUGGAGCUAAGUCAACCUGGCUGGAGAUUAUUAAUUACAUGAUCAAUGAUUACAGUUGGCUUCUACGAUUACCUUAUUACAAAUUCUGGUCCAACAUGGUCUUCAACCGACCAAUAAUAGACUCCCUUUUAUCAGUCCUGCAAAACAUUCCCCGCUUUUACAACCUUCAGAACUUCCCCAAAGACCCUGACAUGCAAAGCACCCUCGAAAAGCUCCGCCAGAAAGUCUUGAACAUUUUCGCCCGAAUCGUCACCUUGAAAGAGAGUCCAACAGAAUUCAUGACCCCGGGCUACCACGGAUCGUUGAUCUACGACAAGUUCCUGAUCACAAUUCCGACCUUAAUGGACCUGGCGCAGCUCUACGGUCGCGAAAACGAGCGAAUAGUCAGCCAGAUAAUAAAGCGGGCCUUUAAGUCUCAAGGACUUUACAACGAGGACCUGAAGAUGACUGUUGAAUGCACUUGCCAGCUUUUGAGUUCAUUAGAAGAGAAGCUUUUUGACCAGCCACUUCUCACAGCUCGGGACGUAAUCUGUAUCUCGGAGGUUAACGACGAGAAGCUGACUAGUGAAGAGGUUGAAGACAUGAUUGUCUAUUUGACUGACGUCGCCUCGAAUAUUGCCAUUUUCCUCAAUGUCUAUCCAGACGCUGUUGAUUUCUAUGCUAGCGAUUAUUUUAUCAUGAAGAUCGUUGGUGUUUAUGAGAACAUUAUUCCUGCUAUUUAUCGCAAGCUCAGUGAAUUUUCUGAAGUUGACCUUGAGAUUGAUGAGAUUCAGUUGAAACAUUAUUUGCAUAUUGCGAGGACUGAGUUUAUUACAGUAUUUCAUAAUAUUAUUUUUAAUAAUAUUAGAUUGAUGUUGGAAAAUCCAAUAUUGUUGGAAGAAAACACUGCUAAAGAACGAGCAGAUGAGUUUCUUAAUUAUCUAACAAGUGUUAUUUCUGACCGACAUUUUAUCAUGGAUUACAAUGAAUUGUUUCCUAUUCAAGAUGAUUUAGAAAUGCUCCAUCAACUUACUUCUGAUAUUGAUGAAGCAAAAGAAACUUUUAUAAAACGUUCGAUAUCUGAGGUUAUCUUGAAGACACAGUCUGCACGAGUCAAAAAAAAUUCUGUGGUUUCUCAAGAUGCAACGCCUGGUCCAAGUAAUUAUGAAGCUGUUCCUAGUGUGUCUGAUAAUGGAAGCGUACCAGAUCUUAGAAAAUGUAUUAGAGAUGUUAAAGAUGUCAUGUGUGAUCUUGGAGAUGGUUUUAUACAGAAAUGUCUCGCGCAUUACAAUUACAACACAGCAGCGGUAAUAAACGCAAUUUUCGAAGAUAACCUACCAAAUGAACUAAAAGAGCUAGACCGAAAACUGCCAUUUAUUCCACCCGAUGCCGCAGAAGCUUCGGCUGCAGUCGACAAGGCGGUAGGAUUCGAACGAUUGAAUGUCUUCGACGGUGAUGAGUUUGAUGUGAUGACACAAGACAAAAUAGACACGUCUCGCGUUCAUCGUGGCAAAAAGAAAGAUAAAUACAAGAAUCUGAAUGAAAUGUUGAACGACAAGUCCUUUAAAAAGGACAUUGCUAAUAUUUACUCAAAGUACGGUGUAAUUGAAGACGAAUAUGAUGAUGAGUACGAUGACACCUAUGAGAGCCAUGACGUCGGCUUGCGUGGCGCUGAUGACUUUAUUGAAUUAGGCAGCAAACCUUUCACGACACCUAGAGUGCUGAGAGUCAAUGAGAAGCAAGAAGAAUCCGAAGAAGAGUCUGAAGAAGAAGAACCGCCUUCAAGUUCGUCAAACGGCCGCUGCAACUUCGUCCAAGAUCCGAGCGUGCUUCGAGAAAAACGCGAAAUGGCGAAUCGUAUGCGUGUUUUCAAGCGCGGAGGAAAAGUAGGGGGCACUGGUGAUGUUGUAGGAAAACCUAAAGGUCAGGGUAAUGACAAGGAUGUUCUAGUGAACCGUGAUAAGAAGAACACCAACAAAUCUUCAAGAGCUAACCACAAUCGUCGUUCCGGUGCUGAGUGGAAACGUCGUCAAGGAAUGGUUCCGUCGUAG